GGUAUUUGGAUUUCACUAACAUCCGUUUUAUUUGAUAAGAAUUAGCUUAGGAAGCGUUCACACGGUUUUGUAGCUGUCUCAGCAAAAGUGACCGUGAGAGGCCGACCGUACUACGCUCGAUCAACGCACGUUACCCGCGCGAAGUAUACAUAAUAGCACGAAGGUAGAUUUUUUUAAGCGUGCGAAGUUCAGUUUUAAAACACUCCUUCGACUUGGUACGAUCUCGAGAGACGUAACCGACAAUAGCCGAAGUUCAGAACGAAAAACUUGUGAAUGUUUUAUGAAUCAGUGAAGAACAGUAAUAAAUUUAAGUUUUAAUAAAAAAAAAACAAUCGAGUGAAUUUUUAUUCCGAAGAUAAACCCGUGGCAUAACAUAAAAUUGGUGGCAGCUUAAAAGGAUUAUUCAAACCAGUGUUCGAAGACACCGACUUGAGAAAAAUGAAGGGAAUAGCAAUGCUAUUAACCAUACUGAUUGAAAUAUUGAGGACCGAUGCCAGAAAUUAUGAGGAAACAGAAUUUUUGACGUUACCGAAUUUGCACAUGGAAUAUUUGGGAAAUACAAGAUUCUUUCAUGAGACCUACAACGUGAUUUCAUACUAUAAUUUGGACGAACUCACUUGGGAGGAGAGCGAAAUCACUAAAGGAUUGAAUUUCGUGGAAAAUCUGUGUUCUCAAAAUUGCACAGAAAAGAGAUUGAUUCAACGACUACGUGAACAAUUAAACAUCAUCCGUAACGAUAAGUACACACUGUUUUCAACCAUCGGCGUACCAACCCUUUAUCGAAAUAAACGUGGUUUGUUUGACUUUGUGGGAAAAAUAAGCAAAAUUUUAUUCGGAACUAUGAGUGCAGAUGACGCGGAGUAUUAUAACAAAGAAAUAGAUGCAGUCCAUAAUGAUAACAAACGAAUUGGGGAAUUAUUCAGAAAUCAGACUCACAUAAUUCAACUCUUUCUUCAAAAAAGUGAAGGGCUUUUUCGUAAAUACAAUGAUACAUUCAAUAAAAUCAAUCUAAAUUUCCAGAAUCUUGGUAAUGAAUUAAAUGAAUUGAUAAAAAGAGACGAGGUAUUAGCAAAGGAUUCUUUGUUAACAGAAAUGUGUUUGGAAAUUGAAUUAGCAUUGAUAGGACUAGAUAGAAAUGUGAGGAUUUUAAUAGAAUCAAUCAUGUUUGCAAAAACUGGUCAGACAAACCCUCAACUAUUAUCGCCGGAAUUAUUAAUGAGUGCUAUUAAAUUAAUAAAAGAGGAAAAGGGAAGCGAUCAGAUGCCCAUCCCCGUUCAUGAUGGCAACUAUUUCGAAUAUUUGGAAGUCAGUGAUGUGGCUAUUAGUGUCAUAGGAUACCGUUUUGUGUAUGUUACAAAAAUACCAAUUCUUGAAGUCGAAAAUUACAAAGCAUUCAGAGUGAUUCCAGCUCCGAAAUUGAUUGGAAACAACUUAAUUGCAUACAUCUCGAAUCCACACGAUUAUAUUAUUACUAAUGAUGAAAAAUUAUUGUACACCCCGAGCGACGAACGUUUUUUAGACACCUGUAAGGUGCACCAAUUUCGAUAUUUUUGCAAAAGGAUAAACCCGAAAUAUUAUAUGAAAGCACACGACACUUGUCUGAGUAAAAUAGUAAACGAACCUCUAAAGUUGAACAAAAACGACUGUACUAUUAAAAUAGUCCACGUAACUCACACGAUGUGGGUUCAAUUUAAGAGUAAUAAUAAAUGGCUAUACACUGCACCAAAACCGGAAUCCAUUCGCAUAAUGUGUAAAGAGAACGUAGAAGAAAAAAUGAUAAACGGCACUAAAAUUCUUUGGAUAGAACCAGGAUGCAGUGCAGUAACCAAUGAUGCUAUACUAAAUUCACACAUCGAAAAGGAAUACGAGCAAAAUAAGGCAUUUACUCCCCUCAUCACUUAUAAUUUUAGCGAUCACUUCCAAGUAUUAGAGAAAUCAUUUUUUAACCUUAGUCUUGUUAGAAUUCAUACAAUUGAAACACCAGAUGUGAAAACAGGUGACCUCACCAAAUACGGAACUAAAUUGAGUGACCUUAGCAAAGAAAUAGACGAAAUUGGAAGUCAUCAAAGAACUAAAUCUUUUCAAGAAAAUUUAAUAACAUGGUUUUGGUACAUCUUAUAUGGGGUGGCUACGGUACUAAUAAUUUAUCUAACUUUUAAGUUAAGAAUCGUAAAAAUCUUGAAAUGUCUAUUAAACAAGGUAUCCAAUCUGUGUACUUCAUUGUCAAAUUACUUCUUGGAUCAACAGACUGAACGUAAUGCUUUUCGAAAUGACAUUUUUAUGGAAUCAAUACCAGAAGUCAACUCAGUAUCAAGUCUAGAAACGUUGCCAAAUAGACCUGUCAAAAUUAAACAUUCUUCUCAAACAACAAGGGGAAAUUUAAGACAUUCCAAUUUGCGCAUUUCAGAAUUUUGCGAUCAUAAUUAAGACAACUAGAAAUUAAAAGAGAAAUCCCUUAUUAUAAAAUUGUAAGUGGGAUUUCUCAUCUAUGGGUGGAGGUGUUAUGCCGGAGGUAUUUGGAUUUCACUAACAUCCGUUUUAUUUGAUAAGAAUUAGCUUAGGAAGCGUUCACACGGUUUUGUAGCUGUCUCAGCAAAAGUGACCGUGAGAGGCCGACCGUACUACGCUCGAUCAACGCACGUUACCCGCGCGAAGUAUACAUAAUAGCACGAAGGUAGAUUUUUUUAAGCGUGCGAAGUUCAGUUUUAAAACACUCCUUCGACUUGGUACGAUCUCGAGAGACGUAACCGACAAUAGCCGAAGUUCAGAACGAAAAACUUGUGAAUGUUUUAUGAAUCAGUGAAGAACAGUAAUAAAUUUAAGUUUUAAUAAAAAAAAAAACAAUCGAGUGAAUUUUUAUUCCG